AUGAUCCCCCGACUCCGUCUAAGAGCGCCGCAUUUCAGCUUCCGACCAGCGACACGACUGGACCGAGCGGUCAUGUCAACCUUCACAUUUCCGGGAGCUCAAAUCCCAAUCAAGAGCACACCCGAUCUGUCGCAAGAGGACCUUCUAUCGUUUCCCGCGUUCAAAGUAUGGAUCGCAACGCUGCAGCGCUCGCUAGCUCGACAGCACCACCCAACACACGAGUUCCACCAUGAUCCAUUUGUCCUCCGGCAGAUCGACAUCCAGUCGAUUGACCGGUUUGGCGGCGGCCGGUUGGGAUUCGUGAAACUCAAGGCGGACGUGUCGAAUAGUCACGGUGAGACUUUACCGGGGAGUGUGUUUCUGCGAGGAGGGAGUGUGGGCAUGCUACUCAUCCUCCAACCGGAUGAUAUUCCCGCCUCGCAAGAGGCCGACAAGCGCGCCAUUCUGACAAUUCAACCUCGCAUUCCCGCAGGCUCACUAGCAUUCCCCGAGAUCCCAGCCGGGAUGCUAGACGACAGCGGGACAUUUGCCGGUGGCGCAGCGAAAGAGAUCCAAGAAGAGACGGGACUAUCUGUCACGCAGAGUGAACUAAUCGAUAUGACCUCUCUUGCGCUGCAGGGCAUCCCGGAGCCUGAAGAUGGCGAGACGCUUCAGCGAGCCGUGUAUCCUUCCCCCGGAGGUAGUGAUGAGUUUAUUCCUCUGUUCCUCUGCCAGAAGCGGAUGCCGCGCGCGGAGAUUGAGGGGUUGCAGGGGAAGUUGACGGGGCUGAGACAGGAAGGCGAGAAGAUCACCCUGAAGGUUGUGCCCCUGGAGGAUUUGUGGAAAGUGGGUUUGAGGGAUGGAAAGACGCUGGCGGCUUGGGCGCUUUACAUGGGUUUGAAGCAGGAUGGGAAGAUAUAG